UUAGCAUUCAGUUGCUGAAGUUCCACUAACGACGUUCCCACUGUGCUGGCGCAAAAGGAGUACGACGCGUUUAACAGCACGGACAUCAUAGCGCUACCGGAAUUUUGCCCGAUGUGCAAUAUGACUUUUGAAGAACCUUGUGGAGAUAACGCCAUUGAAAGAAUGGAUUCCGUGGCAAGGGCGGUGGAAGAUGUCCUCAGCGCUGCAUUACCUCAGGGUUGCAUCACUGUUGGAGUGUACGAGGCGGCAAAGUCCCUAAAUGUGGACCCCGACAAUGUGGUUUUAUGUCUCUUGGCUACCGACGAGGAAGAUGUUCAAGACGUUGCACUUCAGAUUCACUUCACCUUGAUCCAGGCCUUCUGCUGUGAGAAUGACAUCAACAUCCUGCGUGUGAACAAUAUGCAACGUCUGGCAGAGAUCCUUGGGGGAAUGAAACCAGGAGGAGAGCCAAUGGACCUCCACUGUGUUUUAGUCACUAAUCCCCAGUCAUCCACGUGGAAGGACCCAGCCCUGAGUAAACUGAACAGAUUCUGCAGAGACAGCCGAGUUCUAGACCAGUGGGUGCCUGUCAUCAAUCUCCCAGAGCGAUGAUCAAGAAUGAGAACUGCACACUGUUUACUUUUUAAAAAGUAUUGCACUAGAUGAUGUGUCUGAUGCCUCCAGUCCAAAGGAUCCCUCCGAACAGCCCCUGCACUGGCUGGGAAGAUGAACGACAAGCAUCAACAAGACAAAAGGGGCAAAAAAAAGAACAGUUGGACUUGACUGUCAGGGGUGUGGACUUAAUGCCUAAUCGGAGCAGAUGCAGUCCCAGGACCUGUUCAGGAAGAAUGACUCAGCAGUAUGCUGAACUGCCAGGGAAUGAUAUUGUCCACCAUUUACCGGGAAAAGGGACUGUGCUACAGGAAACUGAAUCAUGUGAAUGCUCACCGGCACGUGGUGAGCACGAGAAGGGGAUGGUUUUUUUUUCUUUCUUUUUUUUUUAAUUCAAGGAGGUUCCUAACCAGGCAUGCUUCAAGAACUGGGGCAAAGGGAAAUGGAUUGGACUCUGCCAUGCAGGCAAGUCUCCGUUGUGAGGAGUACUCUGAGAGUUGCUUUACUGGAUACUCUGGAAUUUUUGAGAACAGCUUUUAACUUAUGUUGUUAUUGUCCUUUCAUGAGUUACUAUUUAAAAAAAGGGAAGAUGUUCUACACCUCUUAAUACAUUUAGGAAGUACAUGUAUUGACCUAUUCCUUAACAUCCAUUUGGAAAGAAAUGUUGGUUUGUGUUAAUAUAUUUAAUUUAAUGAAUUGUAUUUAUGUUGCUGUGUUCUCCACACUUGUAUCAGUAUGGAAUAAAUAGUUGAACCUGA